UUGUAUUUUUUGGUUUGGUUUGGUUGUCAGACGUAAAGAAAUUAUGUAUUUAUUUUCGAUUAAAAUCAAUGACUUACACCUAACUAUUAGUAGUAAUAAUUAAUGAAAUCAUUAUUAUUUUAUUUUUACCAAUAAUUUAUAUUGAAUAUGGAUCACGAUAAGGAAGAAGGUGAAAUGAGUGACGAUACAGAAAUGGUUGUAGACGACCAACGAGAAGUCAUUGAUUACGAUACCAAACAAUGUACCGUGCUUUAUACAGCAGACAAAAAUGGCCCACUUGUAAAAAAGUUGAACAAAGUAGAUGCUUCAAAGCUUGAGGAAAGAGCAAGACGAUUUGGCUUAGAUCUAAGCGGGAACAGAGUGGUUACGCAAACACAAAUUGAUGAACUAUAUAAUAAUUUUGGAAUUGAAAGUGGAAAUGAACGACAUUUUAGAUUUGACACCCUGCAUUUGAAUGGUGUCCAUGGUCUAUCAACAAAGGAUAUCUUUGAGUAUUUAGAAGAUUAUAAGCCUGUCUCUUUAGAAUGGAUCGAUGACAAUUCUUGUAAUGUUGUCUGUCAAGAUGAUAUAUCAGUAGCAUUAGCAUUGCUUGUGCAUUCUAGAGAAAUUAAAAAUAAGGAUAUUAUAAAUGAGCUACAUGCAAAGUCUACUUACCAUUGGAGAGAAGGAAUGCCACAUCCAAAAAAAGACAUAAUAUUGAUGCGUUUUGCUACAAAUGGUGAUAAAAAAAUGUGUGUAAAAAUGCCAGAACCAAAAGUUAAAGAUGAUGACAAUUAUAAUAAUGUGGGCAAAAACCCGUGGGGAGAUUUAUGUAGGUCCUGGGGUGUAUAUGAUCAUCAAGAGGUGUUUCAAAGGAAAUUGCCCAAAAUAGACCAAGUAGAUGAAUAUUCUGAAAGACAAUCUGAAGUUCAUCAACCUGUGCAAAUAAAAAAUAAAAGAUUAGCAAUGAGACUUGGAAAAAGAAGUAUUAAAACUGAAACUGAUGAUGAUGAGAGCAGUUCAGAUUCAGAGUGGAAAACAAAAUCAAAAACACCAAGAAUGAGAAUGCAUGCAGAUGAUGAAGAAUCAAAACAAAGAAAACUAAAUAUUACUAAACUAAUCAAAACUGAAGAGGAGGACAGUUAUGCUCCAUUGUCUAUAGAAGUUAUUAACUCAAGAACAACAUUCACACCAAGAGAAACAAAAAAGAUAUCAGAGAAAUUUAAAUAUAGGGAGACACAAACCAGUAAUUUGCACAAAAACAUACAAUCAAGAUUGGGUGUUAAAGUAACACCAGACAAACAGACAAGUUCAAGUGAUGAAUCCUCAUCUGAUGAUUCUGAUCAUAAUGUGGUGAGCAGGGUACAAAAAGUUACCAGCAACUCGAAAAAUUCAUCUGAUGUGUGGUCUAGAUUAGAACGUGUGCCACAGAAUAUAACACAGAAAGAUCUUAGACAAGUUUUGAAAACCCGCAAACAGAAGCCUGAUGACUUAAGAGGAAAAAUUGGUAAAUCAAAGCAAUGUAAUUUACGUAUUGAAAUAGACAAUAAUUAUAAUGAUGAAUAAAUCAAUUUUACAAUUCGA